UGCGCCCGGUGGCGGCGGCGCCUGAGGCGGCUCUCUCGGUCGGUUCGCAGGGAGAGGAUGACUGACCAACCGACUGGCUGAAUGAAUGAAUGGCGGAGCCGAGCGCGCCAUGAGGAGCCUGCCGAGCCUGUGCGGCCUCGCCCUGCUGUGCUGCGCCGCCGCCGCCUCAGCAGCCUCGGUGGGGAAUGUCACCGGUGGCGGCGGGGCCGACGGGCAGGUGGACGCGUCGCCGGGCCCGGAGCUGCGGGGCGCUCCCAGCCACCCCUUCCCUGAGGCGACGGCUCCCACGGCGCAGGCCCCGACGACCGGCCCUCCGCGCAGUCCCCUGGCCGCGACGACCUCCUCAGCCCGGUCUCCCGAGACCACCCCUCUUCGGACGACCGCCGGACCCGCUUCCACCACUUCCGAGGUGCCGGUCAGCCCCUCGCGCCGGACCACCACAGCCUGGGCGGGCGAUCGCACUCCGACCACCCCUCGGGAGCCCACCAGACCCGCGCCCACCACCUUCUCGGCGAUCACUACCCCGGUGCCGACCACCCCCAUAGCGCCCACGGUCCCGGAGCCCACCGCUUCCCGCACCCUGAGCCCUGCUUCCCCCAGCAGCAGCAGCAGCAGCAGCAGCAGCAGCAGCAGCAGCAGCAGCGUCCCACCCACCCCACCUGCCACCGAGGCCACCUCGCCGCCUCCCCCAGAGUACGAGUGUAACUGCUCCAGGACUGGAAGCUUGAAUGAGGAUCUCUGCAACCAGACCACGGGGCAGUGCACCUGUCUGCCGGGUUAUCAGGGUCUUCACUGUGAAACCUGCCAAGAAGACUUCUACCUGAACCACACCUCUGGGCUCUGCCUGCCCUGUUAUUGUAAUCCGCGGGGAGCACUAGGCAGAUUCUGCAACAGCUCUGGGAAUUGCCAGUGCAAAGUGGGUGUCACCGGCUCUACAUGUAACCGAUGCCAAGAUGGAUAUUACAAUUUUAGUAAGGAUGGCUGUUCACCCUGUCAGUGCAGUAACCGGUCCACCAGCUGCCAUGUCUCCACAGGUGUAUGUUCUAACUGCCAGGAAAAUAGUCGAGGGGAUCACUGUGAAGAAUGCGAAGAAGGAUUUUAUCAGAGUCCUGAUGCCAGUGCAGGCUGUCUUCGCUGCCCUUGCUCAGAAGUAACAUCCACAGGAAGCUGCACUAUAAAAUCAGGUGAAUCAGAACCUAAAUGUAGCCAGUGUAAAGAUGGUUACACAGGCCCAAACUGCAAUCAAUGUGAAAAUGGCUAUUACAAUUCUGACAGCAUCUGUGUGAAAUGCGAGUGCCAUGGCCACGUGGACCCAAUUAAAACUCCAAAGAUUUGCAAGCCCGAGAGUGGUGAGUGCAUCAACUGCCUCCAUAAUACCACUGGAUUUCGGUGUGAGAACUGCCUGGAAGGUUAUGUUCAAGACCUCGAGGGAAACUGCAUCAAGAAAGCAGUUAUUGUUCCAACACCUGAAGCUUCUACCAUUUUGGUUUCCAAUGCCUCUUUGACCACAUCAGUGCCCACCCCUGUUCUAAACAGUACCUUCACCCCCACAACCCUGCAGACUAUCUUUUCAGUAAACUCUUCUGAAAACAGCACUUCAGCUUUAGCUGAUGUAUCAUGGACUCAGUUUAACAUCAUCAUUUUGACAGUCAUCAUCAUCGUGGUGGUGCUGCUGAUGGCAUUUGUGGGGGCUGUGUACAUGUACCGGGAGUACCAAAAUCGGAAACUCAAUGCCCCCUUUUGGACCAUCGAGCUGAAAGAAGACAAUAUCAGUUUCAGCAGCUACCAUGACAGCAUUCCCAAUGCAGAUGUGUCGGGACUAUUGGAAGAUGAUGGCAAUGAGGUAGCUCCCAAUGGGCAACUGACCCUGACGACACCCAUCCAUAACUACAAAGCCUGACAAACUGGAACUCUCCUCCUGGAUUGUAAACCACAGUGCUUGCUGAGACUGCGUCAGCCUCUGACCAGACCAAGCCUGGGUAGAAUUCACUGAGAAGGCAAAGGCAGAUCUGAGCUGCUCAGAUACAAAUCCUAAUGCACUUGGCCUACCUAUUGCUCUUGGUUUACCCAUGAAAUCUGAAGCAUUCAUCAUCAUGAAGGAUUCGAAGCAAAGUAUAUUUUUGUACUAAAUCACGUGGGAAUAUGGAAAGGCUGAAUCAAACUGUGCAGCCCCCAGUCCGCUUUGACCCUCAAGUAAAUUCUUGGAGAAAUGUUCACCAAACCAAAAGUACCAGGAUGAUGAAUGUGGAGAGGGAAAGGAGUGCUGCAAGACUUCAUCUCCCUUCCCAAAACUUGCUCUUUUUUUUUUCUUUUUUUAAGGAAACAAAAAGGAGGAUCAGGGAUUAAGUUUAUUUUGCUGUACAACAACACUUCAUUGAGGAAAAGCUGGAGUUUCAGCUGUAUUACUAUAAACAAUCUUGAUUGUUCUGGAAUGGGGCAGAAUAGUCCCAAGAAGAUUUUUAGAAGGGCUUGAUUUUUUUCUCCCAGGGUUCAUGCUCUGGUGGGGAGAUUGAAGCACAGGAUAAGCUAAAGGCAGAGAGCAUAGGCAGCAACGGGGAGCAGGAAGCUAGUGGUCCUCCUCAGGGUGUCCGUGUGAAUGGCAAAUUGUCUACAAAUAAGGAGUAUUCCUGCUUCUAGAGUAAGAUGUAUAUAGUUAAUGUAGGAUAUCUGGUCAACAUUGUAUUUGUAUCUAUUUGUAAAAAAAAAUCAUGUCAUAUUUUAUCAUCUAGAAUUUAUUUGUACAGCAUUUAAUGGCAUUGUAAAAAGAAAACAGGGAGUGGUUAAAUUACUGUAAAAGAGACAGCAAUGUUGCUAGAGCUGGGACUCUGGAAAUAUCACUCAUGCUUAGUCCCUCUUUGGACAUUGUUGGAACUUCUAAGAGUUAAAUGUUUCUAAUCUUUUCUCAGUCUAAAAGUAGAGUUAUAUGCUCUUUGACUUGCUGUUGGAUUCAAGCAAUAGAUUCUGAAGUCAAAAUCUGUAAGCUGGGACACAAGCUGCAUUCUCAAAAAUGCCCACCUAAGUUAACCCUAGCCACUCCAUAGAUUUUAUACAAUUGAUAAGCCACCAUAUGCUCAUUAAAAGGUGUUUUUUCUUUUUAAACCCCUGAAUGUAAAAGACAGUCUUCCAAAGGAUUGAAAUAUUUCAGUUCCAAAAGAAAAGCCAUCCCACCACUUGGGGUCCCUAGCUUUCAUUCUUGUGAAAUAUUUUAUCCCUCAUCAAAACUAAAAAGCUUCCUCUUCUUUGAAUGUAGCUUGUCACUCCCUCACCGUGAUGUUUGUGCAGCUUCUCAUCCACAGUUGAGUGUGUGUGGUUGGUCUUCGCUGUCCUCAGCUCCUGUGAGGCUGACAGGUUGUGGAUUAGGCGAGCCAGCCAAGGGGGCCCAAAGUCCAAUGCAGACAUUUAUUAAGAGGAACAACAAGCUGUGAAAUGAUUAGGAAACAGUAGACUCCUUGUUAGCUUAGACUUAGAAAAUCCAAGGUGACCCUUUUGCCUAACUUCCUUAGAGAAAAACCUAGGCUUUGGGAAACUCCUACAAUGCUCUCAGGAUUUGGAGGUGGUGCCCUGGAAAGGUGCAGGCGAGGGCUCUACAGUGACCCAAGCAUGUCCUGCCAUCAUUCAUAAAAUUAGAGAUUCCAUGACAUUAGACUCAUUCAAUAUUUCUGUCACUGUUUGUAGUUUGCAAAGGACUUUCCCAUGUGUAUCCUUUGUUCCUCACCAUGGCCCCCAAGCAAGGAAUUAUCACCCCCAUUUUACAGACAAGAAGGCUGAGGCACAGAGGUGCUAAAUGUCUUGUUCGAGACUAAACACAAUGCGUGGCAUUAGUAGGCUUGAGAUCGAGACUCCUGACUUAGAUUCAUAUGUACAAUAACACAUAAAUUGCCUGGCUGGGGACCUAAGACAGUUGGGAGGAAAGUCCCUUUUGUGGAUGUUUGUAGAUUAUUAAAAUUAAAUACCACGUUCCAGGCCUUUUAGCUAUUGGUAAGACUUUGUGGAAAGAACCACAGAACUACUGUACAGAGUACAAGUUCGAAACCUGCCCAUUUAUGCUGUAUUAAACUGACCUACUCCCCUAAGCUGCUUGUGCCUGCAUAGACUGCGCCAAGUGGUAGAUCCACCUUCCUCCCUGACAUGCACUUCAGCCCCUGCCAGAAAACAGCAUUGAGGAUGGUGAGAGGCAAACAUUAGCUGAAAGGAGCUAGCUCAAUCAAGAAAAUGUUUGGUGGAAUCCAGAACCGAAGCUAAGUAGUAUUGACUCUGUGAAGAGUUCUGGCAACAAAUCUUCAAACAUUAUUGCAAAAAUGAAAUUGCAAUGAACAUUUACCCUUAAAGUACCUGUUAACGUCUCCUAGGUCAUGUCCUUAUUUUAUUACCCCGGAGAAGUAAAGUGAAGGUCCUAAACUUUGUUUGAUGGAUGCUUUAGUGUGGCGCAGCCUUUUGCUGUGAAAUGUAAAUCCGUCUUGAAGUGAUCUGCCACUGAUAUCAGACAUGACAGCUCUGUGGAACGCACGGGCAGCCUUCGUCUCUAAAGGCAUGAGCCUGGGAACUGCGGUGUGCUGCCGUGGGCCCCAGCAGUCCUUGCAAAGCCUCAUCCUGGAAACCGUUUUUUGUCUAAGGAUUUGAAAGUGUUUAUUUUGUGAAUCUUCUUGAGAAAUGACAGAAACUGCUAUGAACUAGUACUCUUGUCAUGUAGUCCAUCUGGCCAGCCCAUGUGCGUUUCUGACCCUUCAGUGCUUUAGGUGGUGUCAGGAGUGGCCUCGUCCUUUCUGUCUCUCCUCUCAGGACUCUCUUACCUAGAAAUGACCUUGUAUGCUUGAUGUCCCCCUGCCCCAGGGCUGCUUGGGCUUUAAAAGAGGAAAGCGGAGCAGUUAUGGGAUUGGAGGAGUGAGAUUUCUUUUUUUUUUUUUUUUUGGAGGCGGGCAGGGGGCAGGAUUUGUAGAAGCCUCCAAUUACAUGGCUGCUCUCGGCCACAAUGUUUCCUGGAAAAGAACCCUGAAAGCAAUACUUAUGGACCUGAAAACAGAGAAGGAACAGAGUAACCUGUUAGAGAAAGAAAGGCCUCCAGAGAAUGCUCAUAGUCUGUUGUUGUCUUCUCGCUAGUAAGGACUUUGGGAGCUAAAACGAGUUGGGUGUGAGGGCAUUCUCCCUACCCUGAGCCAGUGACCAGGACGGCAGGCAGAAAGCAGCCAGAAAGAGGCCUCUGCAGACACUGGGUGAGAACCAGCGCGCUGAUGGCUAUGCAGCCCCAGCGUGUUAGCGGAUAAUGCGGCUUUUUCAAAGGCAUCUGGGAAGCUUGCUUUUGUGUUUCUUAUGCUAGGUAGUAACUGCAGUGGCGGCCCUAGGUUAGCCCAGAGGUUCCGAGCUAAAUUAAUCCAGAAGUGCUGUGAUUUACAGUCAAGUUGCAAUGCUAGGCACAGGCACUCUGCAAUCAGUUAAAUUCCUGCCCAAGCAAUUAGGGAAUGUUUCUGAAACAUUAAACGUGUAUUUAUGUCACUAAAAUUCUAACACAAAUGUUAAAAACACGUCUCAUACAUAGGCUGUACUAGGAGGCUUCAUGAUGCAUUUCUAAAUUUGUGUAUGAUUUGAAUAUAUGAAAGAAUUUAUACAAGAGUGUUAUUUAAAAUUAUUAAUAAAUGUAUAUAAUUUGUA